CCCGCCGGCCGGUGCUAGUUGGUCCUGCGGCGUGAUUCCAAUCGGAGGUGAUGCUGCUCAGGUUGUGUUUGGUCGCCGCCCUGGUGGCGGUGGCUGCCAGUCAGUCCAGGCUCCGCCCGAGACAGCAGCAGAGGGUCCAGUUCCCGCAAACCUCGACGGACCGGUUCGGUCGGCGCACUACCACCACCACCACAACCAGCACCACAACCACCCCGGCUACCAAGACCAGUGAGGGCACCCUGCUGGUGCCCCCCAUCCCGGAGAAAUGCGCUACGCGUCCCAAGCACUGGAAGCUGGGGAGAAACUGGUACUUCUAUUCGGCCGAUGAGGCCGAGUUCCAGGAGACCGACCCGGAGUCGGGCGAGCUGGUCGGCAAGCGGUACGACUGGCUGGACGCCAGGAACCUCUGCCGGCGCUACUGUAUGGACAGCAUCAACAUCGAGAGUGAAGCCGAGUGGGAGAUGGUGAAGGGCAACGUCACCGACCGUGACAUCAUCUACAUCUGGACCUCGGGCCGUCUUUGUGACUUCAAGGGCUGCGAAUCGCGUGAGGACCUCAAGCCCCUUGACGUCAACGGCUGGUUCUGGUCGGGAACCAACGUCAAGCUCGCUCCCACCAACAAGACGCCGCCGGGCUGGCGCACACAGCCGUGGUCGCAGACCGGCCAUCUGAAGAAGCCGCAGCCGGACAACGCCGAAUAUGGCAUCAACCAGACCUCGGAGCCGUGCCUGGGCAUCCUGAACGGCAUCUACAACGACGGCGUCUCCUGGCACGACAUCGCCUGCUACCACAAGAAGCCCGUCUUCUGCGAGGACAGCAAGGUUCUGCUCGACUACGCUCGCGCCAUCAGCCAGCGCGACGGUCUGGGCCUCACCAUCGAAUAGGACGACAGCUGCCGGUGACGCGCGGCACUAGCAUUUGUGAGAGAUGCCACCAGACGGCGACACGGAUCACGACGGAACGAGGACGGGAGCUUGAGAGCACGUUCAACAACAGCAGUAGAUAACAACGUUCGUUCAACGGUGGCGAUGCUGUUGCUUGCUUAUGUCCGCAGACUGGCUCGAUGGGGGGAUGUUGUUACUGAAUGUUUGUGUGAUACGGACAAAGGGGUCCACAACAGUGCGGAAAAACAGGUCGCAAACGUGCUUUACUGAAUACCAAAACGUUAAACGGCGCUCUCACUCGCGAUGGACAAACGAAGCCCAAACAAUCUACUGUUUCGGCCAUGCUUCACUGGAAGAUACAUGAACCGAACUGUUUUUGUUUGAAAUUGAAAUACACACCUGUAAUAGGUAACAUUUA